AACCGUUACAACGUACCAAGAUCGAGUCCUAGACAAUCGGAUCUAAUUUUAACAGCCGGAACAGUAACAAUGAAAAUGGCCCCCUCUUUAGUGAGAUUAUAUGAGCAAAUACCCAAACCAAAAUCUGUUAUUGUUAUGGGAGCUUGUACAAUUACAGGCGGGAUGUUCAGUACCGAUUCUUAUAGUACUGUUCGGGGAGUCGAUAAGCUAAUUCCUGUAGAUGUAUAUUUGCCAGGUUGUCCACCUAAACCGGAAGCGAUUAUCGAUGCUAUAACAAAACUUCGUAAGAAAAUAUCUCAAGAACUCUAUGAAGAUCGAAUUAGGUCUCAACGAGCGAAUCAGUGUUUUACUACCAACCACAAGUUUCAUGUUCGACGCAGUAUUCAUACGGGAAAUUAUGAUCAAAGAGUUCUUUAUCAACCACCAUCUACUUCAGAGAUCCCUGCAAAAAUCUUUUUCAAAUACAAAAAUUCAGUAUCUUCCGCUGAAUUAGUGAAUUAG